AUGGCUAGCGGGGGUAGGUCUUAUAAUUUUCUAUUCGACUUAUUUUACAUUUUUAUCACUAUGAUUUUUAGUACCAGUUCUAGGUAUAUAGAAGCCAAUUCGCAUUUUUAUUUGAAUUCUUGGAUGUUGGUUAUGGAAAGAGAGUUUUAAAAAUAUCACGCACUCCUGGGAAGUAAUUGCGUGACGUCCUAAUCCCGUGAUAUCACUCUGUGGAAGGUGGGGAUAAAAAAAAUCCCUAAAAGCCCGGAUGGUAAUAUGCAGUUGAGGUUCAGACAGCUAACGCUUGAUGAGCUUUUAAAGCAAUAGAAUGAAUAACUUCUCAUUAUUGCUAUUACUUAAUUCUUAGGUCCUUUCUACAUCAUUAUUGUCCAACGCUAAUAUUUCCUCACAUUUUACUUUAUGCAUAGAUGUAAUUUUGUUAAAAAAAAAAACGAAACAAGUACCAUCUGCUUCCUGUUGAACGAAUCGAGCUAAGAAAACGAUUUUACUAUUUAUUUUACAACCAAUUUUCUAAGGUUCAUUUAACUUUGUAGCCGAUCCGUGUGUUAUGUAUAAAAAACUGAGCGAUGCCAAUAGAAUAAGUAGCUACCCUACGCCCCUAUCUGGACCAGUGUUGUGUGAUGAUCAACUCCCUGAGGAAUGGUAUCGUUUUGUGAGAGCUGCAGGAACAAAAAUGCCAACAAUACGUGUGCCAGCAUUCAGAUAUGGUACAGACUGGUCAGGCUGGUUGGAUGGUGCUCAUCCUACAGUGGAAGAUGGUGGAGUACCCAGGAAGGUCUGCUUUAGUGAUCGUCUCUCCGGUUGCAGAUACUCAAACAAUAUCUAUGUAAAGAACUGUGGACAUUACUUUAUCUACAAACUUAUGGCGCCACCUGCUUGUGAUACACACUACUGUGGUACAGACUGA